AUUAAAGACUCCCUCUGUACAAUACCCAUAACUGAAAGAAAGAAAUUAAGAAUAAUAAGAUGAGUUUCCAAAGCUUCCACGAGACAUGGUUCGAGCAGCUCCGGCAAGUGGUGCACGAGCUCGGCCAAGCCCCGCGGCCAGCCACGAGCGCCGAGCACCACCACCUGCAACAACAGCUAGUCCAAAAGGUGAUGUCUCACUGCCACGACUACUACAGAUUGAAAUCCAUCGCCGCCAAGCGCGACAUCCUGGGCGUCUUCACCGCGCCGUGGGCCACCUCUUUAGAGCGGUCGCUCCACUGGAUCGGCGGGUGGCGCCCCACCACCGUCUUCCACCUCAUCUACACGGAGUCCAGCAUCCUCUUCGAGUCCCACAUCAUGGACAUCCUCCGCGGCCUCCGCAACGGCGACCUCGGCGACCUCACCCCUUCCCAGCUCCGCCGCGUCAGCGAGCUCCAGUGCCAAACCGUCCAAGAAGAAAAUUACAUCGCCGACCAACUCUCCGAUUGGCAGGAUGGGGGUAGUGAUAUAAUUGGAAUGAUGAGUGGGAACCUUGAAGCGAAGAUGGAGAAGCUGGCGGAGAUAUUAGAGAAGGCGGAUGAGCUGAGGAUGAAGACCAUUACCAACUUGGUGGAGCUGUUAACGGCGCAGCAGGCGGUGGAGUUCUUGAUUGCGGCGGCGCAACUCAUGUUCGGGAUUCGUCGCUGGGGAAUUAAUCAUGACCGUCGACGAGAGAAUAAUGUCUCACAGUGAUCUGAUAUGAAAUUAAAAUUAGGAAAUCAAAAAAAAAAAAUUAUGCACAUUCUGAUUAGAUAUAAGAUCAGAUAAUCGUUUAAUUUAAUCUUAUAGUACUUGAUAUGUAUCCCAAAUUUCCUAAUUCCGUUAUCUCUUCUAUAAUAUAUUUGCUUG